AUGGCUCCUUGUUCCAUCAACAUCUCCUCUAUCCACCAUCUCAGGAUCCGAGAAAAUUACAACCUCAAAUUAAGGAAACCUAUCGUGGAGAAAAUGCGCAGAGAUCGUAUCAACAGCUGCAUCGAACAGCUGAAGCUCAUUCUGGAGAAGGAGUUCCAAAAGCAGGACCCCAACACCAAGCUGGAGAAAGCAGAUAUCCUGGAGAUGACAGUGAGCUACCUGAAGCAGCAGCUGCAGCCUGCAGCAGGGCUGUUUCAGAGGGACUACAGUCAGGGCUACUCUCAGUGCUGGAGGGAGUCUCUGCACUUCCUCUCAGUCAGCUCCAAGACAGCAGGCUCCACCGCUGCACCUCUUCAACAGCUCCAGCAGCUGCCCCAGGCCCAGAGAGCCAGCAGCCCACAGCUCCUCUCCACCUCCCCCGUCUCCUCCAGUCUCAAGACCACCACACUCCAAGACACCAAAGGGCCAGUCUGGAGGCCAUGGUAG